CCAGUCCGGCCGCUUCUGAGGGCACACCCGCUGCCCCUUCCACGCUUACCGAUGCACUGGCUGGGGCUGCCUACGUAAGCUAGUGGGAGGAAGGACCCUAAACCGUGAUGCAAACAGAAAGUCCACCGGCCAGAGCUGUCACCAUGGGUCAUAUCCUGCUCAGCUCUGCUGCCGGCAGCCUCUGUCUGCCUGCACAGGCCCCUGUGAGCCAUCUCCACACCGCCCCGCCCAGCCCAAGAUGAUUGACCUGGAGUUCAGGUACACGCAGACUCUGGCCCAGGAGUACCUGCUUCACACCCUGCAGGUGCCUCAGGCCAGGGCCAGCCCCAGCAGGACAUCCAGAGUGCUACAGGACGUGGCUUUCUCGGUGCAGGAAGAAGUUGAAAAGAGUCUGAAGCCGUGGUUGGACAGAUGUGAUGUGGUGUCCAUCGAUGCUGCCAGGGCGGUAUUCACCCAGGUGAUGGAGAAGGAGUUUGAGGAUGGCAUCAUUAACUGGGGACGGAUUGUGACCAUAUUUGCUUUUGGGGGGGUCCUCCUCAAGAGGCUUCCACGAGAGCUGAUUGCCCCAGAUGUGGACACGUACAAGGAGAUUUCUUACUUGGUGGCUGAGUUCAUAAUGAGCCAUACAGGAGACUGGAUACGGCAGCACGGAGGCUGGGAAAACGGCUUUGUAAGGAAGUUUGAGCCCAAGUCCGGCUGGCUGACCUUUGUGGGAGUGAUGGGACAGAUCUGUGCAGUGCUGUCUCUCCUGAAGCAGUUCUACUGACCAGAGUGGACGCUGCUGGGAGGGAGCCACGCUGCACAGGCUCCUUCUUCCUCAGACAAAGCCAGGCCCUGCUGAUGUUACCUCACUUUCCAAAAUCAUGGAAUUUUGUCUCUAUUUUAAUGAAUAAAUUGUCUCUGUUUGUGG